AUGGCAACCCCAACUGGGCCACCAUUCACCACUAGAUCUCUAGAAGUGAGGAAUGCUAGUGCUCACACAGGCCCAAUUGAGAUUAAUCAGAUUCGAAUUGAGCCAAUUGCAGAGGAGAAAGUAAGUUUGACUGGAACGCCUUGGGUGAAACUCUUUGCUGGAAAUAGAUCUGCAGAAAAUGGUAUGGCCUUAUCCUAUAUUGCUCCAGAAGUAGUAGAUGGUCAAUAUGUGGUGAAUUUAGACAAAUUGGAGGUAGAAAAUGAGAUAGGAAAAUGGAAGAAAGCUCUGAUUGUUUAUGUAAUUGGGGAAACGCCAGGCUACAACCAGAUGCAUCGCUAUAUUUCCCAACACUGGAAUAAUGUAGCUGAACCGGAUCUAUUUUUGCAUGAAGAUGGUUAUUACAUAGUCAAAUUCCUCAGUCUAAGUGAUUUACGAGAAAUCCUGUAUGGGGGGUCUUAUACCAUUAAUAGCAAGCUUGUUAUUCUUAAGCAAUGGUCGCUGGAAUUUGAUUUCAAUACAGAAUUCUUAAUAGAGAUUCCACUAUGGGUAAAAUUCCCUAAACUUCCGAUGAAUUGUUGGGGAAUAAAUUCUUUGAGCAGGAUAGCUAGUACUCUAGGUAAUCCUCUGUUUGCUGAUCAAUGCAUCACCAAGCAAACUAGAGUGUCUUAUACUAGAAUACUGAUAGAGGUAAAUGUAACAAAGAAGCUUCCUACUGAAAUAACUGUUAAUUAUCCGCUUGGUAGACAGUUUCAACAGCCCAUUGAGUUUGAAUGGAAACCAGAAUUUUUCUCAGAAUAUUUGAAGAUUGGACAUGACUGUAUGAAGCAAAAAUAA